UAUACAGUCUUCGCAUAAUUGUGGCUAAUAUCAUUAGGUUCAGUUCUAUCGUAAAAGCAUGUAAACAUUUGGGUAGAGGACGCUCGAUUCAGUUCCCGAUAUGGAGCCCUUUCGCUCUUAAGUCUUAACGUUAUUCAUCGAACAAGUAUUAUACACACUGGCGGAAGAGAUCUUACCGAAUCAUACUGCAACCCCAUCGUUCAACGUUUCUUCUAUAUCAAACAUAUCUAUAGCUAUCAAGAUACGUCGCUUUAGAAUAUUCGUGAAUUCUGGCUGAAUAUGAUCAAUGCACAUUGCCAGCAAAGUCCAGUUGUUUACUGCAACGAGAAGAAGUUAUAUCAAUUCAGAAUCUUCGAGUUCAAAUCAGAGCCAUUUUGCGAAGAAAGAAAUAGUGCAUUAUUGUCAAGAUCCUGUGACAAUGUCACUCAGAAGCUUAAACAAGCUGAAAGGAACAAGCGGUUGUCCGACUCGUUUCCAUUUCAAUACUGGACGCGUAUGUCAAACCAACGUAGCCAGCUAUUUAGUCGAACCAAGUCUUUACCAGUUGACUUGAGUGAAUGCGGGCGGGACUACUUAUGUCGUGACCAUUCACGUGAUGAUCACAUGCUACUUACGAACAAAUACAUAUAUACACGUGAUCACAUGAAGAGAAGGACUAAUGGCUUUCAUAAUAACCAUAAGGAAAAUCACACCUCAUGUGGAAUGUUAAAGUUAGUAGAAGACAAUAAAGGAGAGUUGAGGGCGGAAAGUAACUCACAAGGUGGAAAUGAUUUACCUGUAUCUCAUGCGGUACCACACGACACUAAUGGAGAUAUCAUGCAUAAUGAUGACUUACUUGAGAGACAAUGUGCGAAGAUGAAUUCAAAUCUGAAUCAGUUGUCAAAUCGGUACCAAAAGGAACAGCUUGAAGCGAAAUCGAAAGAAGAGCUCAUUUCUAUCGUCCUGGAGUUACAAGAUGCUUUAAACCUUGUUACUGACGGGUAACGUUGUGAUCAUGUGGUGUUAAAGUCGUAGGAAUAGAACAGGCCAAAUGAAGAUCGACGGAGUGCUUCAAUGAAAAGUCGCUUCUUCGUCCAUGUCAUCAUAUAGCGAAGGUCAUAUUUAAAAUCCUAUGGAACUUUCGAUGUUGCUUAAUAUUUAAACAAUAUUGCAACUGAGGAUGAUGUAUUUUUUUGCUAAAAUUAUUGAAUAACAGCAUUAUAAGAGUUGCCCCCAGAGGAAACUACAAAGCUCCUAUUAUUAUCUAAACUUUCAUGUCACGACGCCUGGAAAUUACUUGUUUCUUUUGGUUUAAGCGGAAGACAUGGGUAUAGGACAGACUUCAGUAGCUACAGACUAGUUUCAUUGCAACAACCUGCUGGUACAUAACGUGUUACUACGAAGAAACAGCAUUACGGUGAUAAUUAUUAGAUGGGAAAUUAUUUAGUUACGGUAUUGCCGUGCUGAAUAUCGUGACUUGAGAAAAUAAUUUGAUUAGCUAGACGUAGCUAUAAGGAUAUACUAUACACUUAAUCUAUGUUCCUGAGAGAAAAAUGAGUUUUAUUUUUCCAAGAGUCUGAAUGUUUCCCGAGACGAAGUCGAGGAAGACAUUGAGAGUCGAGGGAAAACAAAACUCACUAUUUCCCGAAGGAGUGUAAAUUAAGUGCUUUGUUAUAUAGGAACCAAAUCAAACAUGUUACACAACAAAUUCAUUUCAACAAUAACACUUUAUGACAAUAUGCGGGCAACAACCUUUCACUUCUUUCCCUGGCAGGAAACAUUGCAUUUUUUUAAAGUCACGUGACUACGAAUGAACCAAUCACAUUUAAAAUACACAGUGCCUAUAUAACAAAUAUAUAUACCGCGUGAAUACCUAAAAAAUGAAUAUAGAGCGAAUAUAGAGUAUAAAAUUAUAGAGAAAAUUAUUUGGUAUUUGUGAAAAUACAUUGCCAACCUGAAAGCGAAAAUUGAAUAUAGUACGGAGAUCUCCUUCUUCCACUACAGGCGAAUUUGUGUGGCCCGUGGCUCGAAAAUUCAAAUCCAACAAUGUAAGGGAUUUGCCGGCAAAAAAAUUAAAUUAAAUUUUGUACGAACAAAUUCAUCAAGUGGAAGGCGGUUUCAGUGAAUUUACAGUAGAUGAUUGUGUUGUAAAAAUUUAUCGCAAUUUUGUAUAAAAAAAUUAAUAAUUGUAGUUAUAGAGAUGUGAAUAUACGUAGGCAUAACCUUCGAGUUUUUACAACAAGCUAUAAAAUUAAAGAGAUAAAUAUUAA